AUCCGAAACUUCGCAUCCGACAUGACCAAUCUCACCUCCGAUGAAAGAGAAUCCCUCCUACACCAUUCGGUAUACGGCCGAAAAGGAGAAAGACCGACCGAACGAUUCAACCCGAUAGAAGGAUGGGAAAAACAUGCAAUGACAAAACCAAUCACCUCUGAAUGGAACCAGCCAGUGCCACGAACUGAACUCGUCAAAUUGCUCAAUGGCUUCCAGCCUCGUGAAAUGGAAGACAAGUGGCUUGUCUACGCAGACGGUCCAGAUGCUCAGGGAAACGCAUCGGUGUACAUGUAUCGGAGCUGGACUCAUUAUCUGAAUCUGGAAUUGAAAUUGGUCAUCAAUUUGGAUGAGAAUGGAGAAUUUGCGGAAGACAAUCAUCGCUUCACGGAGAUUAUUUGGGAGUCUGAUCACGAGCGGGCGAGGCAACAAGAGGAACAGGCGAAGGAAACGGCGAAAAAGGUUUGCGAGUGGUGCAUGGAUGUUCGGCUUCCGUGA